CCGGCUUCCGCCGGGGCGGCGCCGUUUCCGCGGGGCGGCUCCGCGAUGGCCGCGGGCCGCUCCCCGCCCACCUUCCUGCUGCUGGGGGCGGCGGGCGGCGGGAAGAGCCUCCUGGUGCGGCGGCUGCGCCAGCUGAGCGCCGAGGAGCCCGCGGAGCUGGGCGAGCCCCCGGCCACGCUGCCCACGGUGGGCACCAACCUGACGGACCUGCGGCUGCCGCGGAGGGUGACCGUGCGGGAGCUGGGCGGCUGCAUGGGCCCCAUCUGGCCCAGCUACUACAGCGAGUGCAGCGCUCUCCUGUUCGUGGUGGAUGCCUCCAACCCCACGCAGGUCUCCUCGUCCUGCAUCCAGCUGCUCUCAGUCCUGUCUGCAGCGCCGCUCGCCUCUGUGCCCGUCCUGGUGCUCUUCAACAAGAUUGACCUGCCCUGCUACAUGUCACUGGUGGAGAUGAAGUCGCUGUUCCGCAUGCAGGACAUCGUGUCCUGCGCUACGCAGCCCAUCACGAUGCUGGAGACCAGCGCCCGCGAUGGCACCGGCCUGGCCGCUGUCCUGCAGUGGCUUCGGACCGUCCUCCAAGACCCCUGCUGACCCCAGCCCUGCCAGGUGCCUGUGCAGCCCAGGACAAUCCUGUCACAGGAGGAGGUGGCGAAGGAGCAGCUGCCCUGCCUGGGACUGGGAGCAGAGCCCAGGACAGUGCCUUGGGCUCUUGAUGGACUGGAUCCCUGUGGGACUUCAUAGUAAAACUCCCACCAAACUGCC